ACCUGUGAGUCAUAGCUUGCUGGCUAGCAAACAAGUUAGCCAACUACUAGUAGCUAGAGUAAGUUAGCAAUCGUGUUACAUUCAGGCAAGCUACGUUCUUCACAGCGGGCUGUGAAAACUGGCGCGUCUCUUUGCUUUAAACACGUUGUUUUGAUAACGUGUCGUAAAUAUACUUCGACUAAACGAAUAAUAUAAGUUAUCGACGUGUUCUUUAAAUCUUUUUUGUUUUAUGGUUUGAAAUCACCGGACUUUAAAAUUACCAUACCGUUUUGUUUAGUUUGCUAGCUUGUUAGCAUUAGCCUAAUGUCAGGAAAAGUUCGCCGUUAUUCUUAAACUAGUGGAUAUUGUUAGCUUGCCGUUCAUCUGAGCUAGCUCGCUACGUCGACAAAAUUAAGUCGCAGUAGUAGAGUUACGUUGGUAUAUCGCUUGUUCUACAUUAAACGUAUUUCUGGCACUUAAGAAAGCAAGUACCGUUUGUUGUAAGCAUUUCCGUGACACACAAAGUGAAGCAGAGGGAAUACAUUGAUAGUCUGGCCAGCUAGCUAAUUUAGAAGCUAGCUUGGUAAGUCUUUUUCAGUUAGCUAGCUACUUGGCUAACUGGCUAAAUGCUCAUCACGAGAAUGGACCUGUUGAACUAUCAGUACUUGGACAAAAUGAACAAUAACAUUGGGAGACUACACUACGAAGAUGAGUCAGGUCUCACAGGAGAGUCCAGGAUGCAACCCAUGACCUCUUCCAUGGGCAGUUCCAGAACGGGGCCCCCUCCCGUAAGUCCGAGCAAAAGAAAAUACAUCGGGGAGCAUAUUGAGGACCGCAUUGAUUGCGACAAUGAGCAUGUGACCAAAAUGAGCCGACUGUUUGCUGCACAACUGAGGGCAAACGCUUCAAAUGGAGACAAUGGCCAAGACCCAUGGAGUCAUGCACACAGCCCCUUUGAGUAUCCUCCUAACACAAUUAAUAAUCUUCAUGGUAACUUGGUGUAUGCGCCCUUGCCUAUCUUUGCUAUGGACCAACCCUUGGCUCUAACUAAAAACAAUAUGGACGCUGGGCGAACCUCCACAGCGCUGCAAGUCACUGCCCCAGUAGAGCGUCAGCAGAAUCGCCCCUCUGUAAUUACCUGUGCUCCGGCAAGCAAUCGCACCUGUAGCCUGUCUCACUGCCACAUGUCCCAUGAUGGCUGCAACUCAAACUCCAAGAGCAAAGGAAAUGCCAACAUGGUCUGUGACCCUGUGAUUGAGGAGCACUUCCGCCGCAGCCUGGGCAAGAUUUACAAGGAACCAGAGCCAGCAUCCAACUCUGUAUCCAUUACGGGCUCUGUGGAUGAUCACUUUGCCAAAGCCUUGGGUGAGACCUGGCACCAGAUCAAGGCCAAGGGCAGUGGCUCUCGGAGCCCCAAGUCCUCCUCAUAAAAGAAUGGCAACAAGCCGCUGGUGACAUCCCCCUUGAUGAGAUCAUAGGGAAUUACGGUCCCCUACCCCUCCUCUCCUCUCUCCCUCUGCAAGCAUUUUCGCUUUAAAGUGCAGCUCUUUGACAAUAUACUUCCAUUUAUAGCCAAACAUAGAUGAGCGUUGAACAACAUUAGUGAAAUGAAAUUGCAAAGUGGUAGAUUGCGGGAAGGUGUCAUUGUUUUACAUAAGAUUAGGCCAAAUAGCAAGAGAUUAACGUGAUAGAUACUUAGGCCUUGUUGGAGCUUGGCUACCAAAGAAAUCUUAGUGUUAACAAGCCAUUGUUUCUGUGAUAUCCUUUCACCCUGGCUUUUUAUCUUAAUAUAUUGUGUGUAUAUAUUUACUUGAAAUGGCGGCCAAGGCUGGUUUUGCACUAUGGCAAGAGUCACAGGGAGAGCAAUUGAUGGAGGCUAUUGACAAAAUCAAGCAUCUGGCUAUUUGACUUUAUUUUUUAUUUUUCACUGCCUUUUAUUUCACAAACCUGGAAUUAACAAUGUGUCUUGGGUGGAAGUCCCCACUACACUCAUGGAGUAGAUGUAAAUACAUGUUAAUUUAUAGGGAAGGUGUAAAAUAGAUUUUUACACCUUACCUAAAGCCUAAGUGAGGCCCAGAUAAGUCGCUGGAGUCUGCCUAGAGCAGUUGUGUCUUGCGCAUUUUUGUUUUAACUGUGCUGUUGGAAGGCACUGUCGGCCAUCUUCCCUGGUGUCACCACCACAGAAGCACCACAUGGGUGAAGCACAAGUGCUACAUUUGAUCAUUGGCCUUUAUUUUCUUUUUUUAUUCUUCUUUUGAGGAAAUUCAAAUUGAGUUUUUAAAAAGAGUUCAGCAGAAACUGCUUGGGUAGAAAAAUGCGGUUUUGAAAUGGUUCUUGGGCUGAUUUACUAUAAUUGCAGCCCUAAGCAUACUGAAUAUAAUCUUUUUUCCCUUGGCUGUCUGUUCGCAAGGUAAUGAGAAGCAGCAAGACUAGAAGGCUGUUUGGCUCCUGUAAGGCACUUGUUCAGUUGGUCAUUUGUCAUGUUUUGCACCACAUAACAGAGAACGCAAACAUAAGACUGAUGUCAGUGUGCAGUUGUCACUCUGCACUCUAUUAGUAAAUACCAGUAUGCUGUAGUCCAAAACUACAGUGUAUUAACACUCACACUCCAGGUUCUAUUUUGUUUUCAUAACACUUUCAGAACACUUUGGUCUCCUGUUAAGUAAGCUUUUGCCUUGUGUUUUGGAUCCUUAAGCACUGUGUUUUGGUCAACAUUGGCCAAUGGUGUGAAGUAGGUCUACCGCUUACAAAUGCAUGCUUGAAAUAGCUGGUAUCUAUUACAAACCAUAUCAUAUUCUAUGCUAAUUAGUCUUCAGAUUUCGUUUUAUUUUUGUCAGUAACAGUUUAGAAAUACUUACUGCUGGCACAGUUAUUGUACUCAAUAUAUUUUUUAUAUCAAUACUCAUACGUUUGCCUCUCGCUUUGAAGAAUACAAGGCCUCUGGAAAGGCAAGCUGCUGUAUGGGGGAGCCAGGUUUCCCCCUCCCCGAUCACUGCAGCGCAGGAUGCGUUGGCUUCAUGCAGAACUUAUCAUGUAGAAAUCGGAAAUCUUCAAAAGCAUCUACAGACUGGUCUACUAAAAAGCUAUUCACUAUCUAUCUAUCUCCUGUUGUUUUUGAUUUGUUUUUUUGUUUUGUUUUUGCAAGUGGACUCUGAUUGACGAGGGCAUAUAGUACAUUCCUAGCUUUGGGACACAGUGCUGGGCUGGUGUCACAUUCCUCCCAAGUCCACAGGUGUGUUUGGGAAAGGAAUCCAAUCCAUUGGUGUAGACGGAGACUAACCCAUGCUGAUCAAGACACACUGGGUGUUGCAGUUGUUGGUCUUGUGUUAGUCUCUUUUAACUUUGUUGUCUGUGGUGGUCAUUUGGCUUAGCAGAUCUCUCAUUAUCAUGUCAUCUGUCUCUGAACUGUGAUCUCUCUCUGGGCAGUUUGAGCCAACUGGCACCAUUGAGUAUGUUAUCUGUUUUUGUGGAUACUUUCAAAAAAAUUGUUAGAUUCACGCAUAUGGAGGAUGAAUGGUGAAAUAAGCAGUGGUUCAACAUAGAAGUUUUAAAAAUGUGAGUAACAGCCAAGAUACUGAUUAGGUGAUGGCACUUUGAGUAUGGUCUUGUUCAUCUUGUGAAACUGUAUUGAUUAAGCUGGCUUUGCCUUCACGGGACAGUAAUACAUUCCUAUGACUGUUGAAGAGAGGCAGCUCCUGUUCAGCAUAAACUCACUCCUCACUCUGUUGUUUGUGUCAUAAGCAAUAACUGUUUAUCUCUGCCAGGUGUGGUGCAUGGUUGGCCUAGAGGGAUUUUAUGAAUGUGUAGUUUCUUUCUUUUUCUUGUUGGACAUAGCAUUAAAGCUUAGCAUAGCAUUAAAUCGGUUGAAGGGGAUUUGUGAUGGGUCUUCAGUUGUCUUGAAAGCACCAUUACAUCCACGACAACACUCUUCCAUUCAUUUGCAUGCAUUCAAUACAGUGUCUCUUGAGGUUCAGAGUGGUACUAGGAGAGAUUGCGUUCCAAAGCUAGGAGGUUAGCAUGCUAACUUUAGUGAAUAUCUGGGCUAACACAGAGCGUAUGCGUCACAUUGUUCACAUUGUGUAGCUAGGACAUUUUGGAAUGUUUUAAAAAUCAAAUACAGCAUUUACAGAAUAGUAAAGGUAAUGGGUUAUUCCUGAUUCCACAACUUUAUCAGUUAGGGGCCCUGUUGGUUUAGAUUUGUUAGGGGUGAACAGUCUUGCAAAUAGUCUCUGCUCUUCAUAACAAGGGUAUAUGUCUUGUGACAAUUUGUUUAAAUUGUGGUAUUGGAUUGAGAUGAGAGCCAAUACUAGAAACCUGGCCUCUUUUUAAAAACCAACCACCAACUUGACAAAAACUCACCUCUCCUCAGCUGUUGCUUUUUUGAAUUUGCAUGAUGACUACUUCCAGCAAACAUAACAUCAUUCCCAUAACAUUAUGUAAAUAUAAGGCCCGUAUAUUGACUCCUGAACUUCCUUGGACUCCUCAACCUUUUAGAUCUACCUUAGCCUUUUUUCCUUGGGUUGUUUUUGCGUCCCCAAUGAUAUAGAUGGAGAGUUAUUGACUGUGUGAUAAGAUUCAGCCAUGCGAGGUAUGGGCCAAUAAUAGAGGAAGGGCAAUCACUUUACAAUGAAGAAAAACAAAAAAAACAGUCUGACUGAUAUUGAUAUUGUGUCCCUCUGCAGAGGAUGGUAGGGAGGCACCCCUGAUCUCUGGCCAUUCUCCAUCAGGUCCUGUAAACAGGACUAAACGGACAAAUAUGAGGGGUGGCCUCAGGUUGAUGACCUUGCUGCUGGUAUAGAAACUAAAAGGCUAUGACCAGUAUUUCCUCAGCAGGUACAGGCCUUGGCGUGUUGUGUUGUGACUAUGUUUCUUCUAAAUCAGAUCAAUGGAAUUAGGAAGGUCAUUAUUAAGUCACAAGCUGGCAGACUAAUGGGCUUCACUCUGGUAUUAGUGCAAUGUAAAUGUGCUGUAGAAACAUUAAGAAGCAUUAACGUGGUCAUGAGUGGCGUUGCCUUACAGAAACACCCGAGAACCUACAAUACAAUGUAAUAGAGACCCACAGCUUAAGGCUUUUUUCCCCCCAUAAGAAAUUACUGGGAUAAACAACCUCUUCAGAUUAAUUUUCUAGCUUGUGGAAAGUGGCAGAUCACAAAUAUUGACCUUCUACCUGAAUAAGUAGUCACCAAGAUUUCCAAACUGUUUCUGGUUGUGUACAUCCUCUCCCAUUCAACCUCAGUCUUGACUUGAAAUUUCUGCCGACUGCAUUUUUUUUCUCCUUUCCUAAGAGCUCUGUUGCUUAUGGCACCUUUAGACAGAUACACUCCUUAGUUGCCGGCAGACUGGAGAACCACUCAGUAGCGUGAAACGGAUGGUGGGGAAAAGAGUUAUUGACUGCAUGAUGAAUGCUUGAGAAAUUGAUAAGCACACAGCUCAUCUGUUUGUGCUGACACUAAGAAAGAAAACAAAAACAAUCCCAAUAGUGCAAGCUGUAAAUUGCCUCAGACUGAGCAGCCAGGGUAAUUUCUAGAAAGUUGUUGAGCUUGGCUUGAGAGGGUUCUUGAAAUGUAUUCUUCAGAGUGUAUCAAUCAGCAUCUAGUGACGAAGGACGUGUUCCGUGGAUCCUCAUUCAGAGUCCCUUGCAGUUUCUACAAGCUUUUCAAGUUCCUUGUAGUUCAAAAGGCUUCCUUCUUAUCACUAUACUGUAUUUGUAAGACUAUCAUUGCGCCGUGCGCGAUGAACGCUACUAUUUUUUUUUUUUUUGCCUCGAGUAGAUGAUUCAUGAUGGGUAGUUAUUUAAUAUUCAUUAUGUCAGCAUGCAUUUAUAUCAUUUAAAAAAGUUGAUCUUUUUUGAAAGACCCGUCGUAGGUUAAAUCAAGUGCAGUUUUGUGACAGUUGUUUUUGGCGGGAUGGCCUAAUGACGAGAACACUGAACACGUAAUGUAAUUUUUUUUUGUCUCUGUGCCACAAACCAGACCAAAGUCGUGAGAACUGCCUGUUUGAUAUAGGUCGGUCUGCUAAUGCAGGGGUUCAGUGCGACUGUUCAAAGCAUCCAUCAAGAGCACUGUAUUCAGAAACUUCUGUUUAAAUUGCCAUUAACAGUUUGUAAUAAAGUGUUCUUUACAUGGUGGCCUUAUUUUUUGUGUUUUUGAGAGAAAAAAAGAAAAAAUGCAUUUUAUACUCCCCUAACCUUAAGAACAUUAAAGUGCUUUUAUCACA